UCAAAUCCUAGCAUGAACCGAACUUUUUUGAAUGGCUUCUCAGUGUCUGGUAAUGAUGGAAGUGCACUUUCUUAGCUGAGUGAUUUUUUUUUCCCUGCGUGGGCUUUUUCGAGUCUUCAACAUGUUGGAGCCAAGUUUAGAAAUGUCAGCCAUGAUUCCUGCUUUGCAGGAACUUGGAAGUGCCAGUUCCACGGAGUACAACAGCGUAGUGCAAAAACCACGUCAAAUCCUCUGUCAGUUUAUUGACAGGAUACUGACUGAUGUCGAUGUGGUGGCCUUGGAGUUGUCAAAGAAGAGUCAUUCCGAACCGGCCUGCGUGAUGCUGCUGGAUUUCGUGCAGCACAUCAUCAAGUCAUCGCCGCUCAUGUUUGUAAAUCCAACAUGUCAACUCGACAGCGUUAAAGAUGUGCAGCAGAGUUGCGUAGAUUUCAGUAAAUGGAUCAUCGCUCGUUUCCUGCGGAUCGCUGCUGCCCCAGCAUGUGAGGGUCUGCACCAGAAACUGGCCUCAGUCAUCUGCUCACUGCUGCAUCUUCUUAGGGCCAAAGGCUCACUUAUAUUUGGGGUGUUGGCCAAGGAGCUCGUUGGACUUUGCCAGGACCUAAUUGGAGUGUACAAAAGGGACUGCUGCAGUAAAAUGAGCACGGGGUCCCCAGUGUGGCCGGUCACACUUGACAGGUUUUUGGUGACCCCUGAUGGGGAAGUUGGGUACCUGACACCAGCGACACUCCAGGUCUCCGCGGUAGAUGCCGUGGAAACGCUUCAGGCUACAACGUUAACCAUCCUAAAUGACGUCCUGCGGGGUGUCUUCUUCAGACCAGAAAUUAAUAAAGUAUGGCAAACCAGCUGCUCAGUGCUGGUGCACGGGGGCCCGAAACUGAUGGCUGUCGCUUUGGAGAUGCUGGCUCGCAUCGUUGACCUGGGCGGAUUCCCAGAGAGACAGGCGCACCACUUCUUCUCGGCCUACCUGCACGUCCUGGACUCGCUUAGCACGGCGGCCCAGACGGACGUAACCGUUUACGGCACCACCUUCAGGGAACUGUCCCGUUGCGUGUUCGUCCCCGAGAGGGACAUGCACCUCAGGUUCGAGAGGGUCCAUCUGAGCAUGCUGAUGGUGAAGCUCCAGCAGCUGCUGGUGGGUGGGAUCCUGGAGGAGCUGGACUCGGAGGAGGUGAAGACCUCGCUUUGCGAGACCUUCAAGUUUCUUCUGGGCUUUGUCCCCCCGGGCUACGAGUGCGCUGCUCAGAUCCGCAAAGAGCGCGUCAACGACAUAUGCAGGGCGCUGAUAUCGAAACUUGGACUGCAGAAGAGCCAGGAGUACCUGGAGGGGUACCUCUUUGCUGCCCUGCGGAGUGAGCGAUCUGACGUCCUCCAAGAGAUCCCCUCUCCUGCCUCAGAGUCCAUCGGAAGUAUGGAAAGCAUUCCUUCAAAGAAACAGCGCUUGUCUGUUGAACCCUUAUCAGGGAAACCAAAGACCUCACUGGUCCCGGCAGACAUGAUGCAGAAGAGCGAGGUGUGGGCUGCAGCCAGUGCCAAACUGGGGGCACUGCUGACCCAGUCAAACGAGGUCAUUGGCCAGCCAAGGUCACAUGUCCUGGAGGGCGUGGCUGUGCUACUGCACCUGGCUGCUCUCUGCACCUGGCACUGCCCUGCAGGACGGUCCGACAGUCUGAAGCCCACGGAGCAAACGAGCUCCCCAGCUGCCCCGGACCUGGUGUGGGUCCAGCCCUGUGUGCUGGCCCGGGCACUCGAGAGCUGUCGGUUGGCACUGAGCAGCGCCAGCAAUGAAGCUGAGUUGGAGCUCUACGUGGACAGGACCGUGAGGAUUGCAGAUGCUGUUCUUUAUAUGACCUUCAACAGCCAGGAUGACACUGGCCUCCACAUGAGUCUGUGCGCCCUGCUGUCGUUACCCUGGGUGCAUGAGUACUCUUCACAUUCUGCAUACCAGUCUUCUGGUUUUUCUGCCAGCCUGAUCGGCUUGAGCCAGAAGAUGGCGCCCCGCUUCUCUGCCGGGAUGCAGGGUCGCUGCGUCUACCUCCUCUCCCUGCUGCCCCAGCAAAUGUGCCCCGAGUGGCGGUCAUGCGUGUACCGCGGGGCCCUGCAGGGGGCGCAGGCGGCCGUGAAGGCCGGCGCUGUCCGCGGCUUCCCCACCCUGCUGCACCGCCUCGGCAUCAAGUCCUUCAACCUCAUCCACGAGGUCCUGCUGCCCAAGCUGCAAGACGACGCGACGCAGGUGAAGGAGGAGCUGGCGGCCAUCACAGGCGCCCUGGCCUGCUGUCUGGCUGAGAAUUCCACCCUCCUGGUCCCCGCCGGAGCGGCCACCCCCCUCCAGACGUUCCUCUGCUCCCGGCUUGCCAUCGGCACCUCUCACCCCAAAGGGGCCACCACCAUUGGGGCAUCCAUCUUCACCCCGUUCCUCAGGCUCCUCAAACCAGACGUGGAGCCUGCGGUUAAAAUAGGAUUUAUAGGCAACAUCCCCCACCUGUGCAAACACCUGGACCUGAUGAAAGGCGAUCCGGACACGCGGGCCCUGGUCGGCGCCCUGCUCGACUUGAUGGAGGACCCAGACGAAGGGGUCCGCAUAGUGUUUAGCAGGAACAUCAAACACUUCCUGGAGGCCUGGAGCGGGGAGGGCUACCUCAAGGAGUUUCUGGUUUCCCGCCUGAAAGAAGCGUUUACCAGCGCCAAGACCAGAAGGAACAACAACUUGAAAAACACCUUGAUCAUCACUACCGGGGAAAUUGGCAGAGCCGCCCAGGGGAACCUGGUGUCCUUUGCCCUUCUCCACCUCCUACACUGCCUGCUGUCCAAGUCCAGCCAGGUAUCCGUCACGGCCUACACCGAGAUCCGGGCCCUGGCCGCCUUCCGGACUGUGAAGCUGCAGUCUUUCUUCAGCCAGUACAAGAACCCGGUCUGCCAGUUCCUGGUGGAAUCCCUGCACUCCCGUCAUGUAACGGCCCUGCGUUGCACCCCGGACCAGAGCAGCGGAGCCCUGCAGGAGGAGGUCGCCCGCCAGAGGGAGCUGGCCCUGGACGUGCUCUCGCAGGUGGCCCACGUUUUCGACUUUCCGGACCUCAGCCGCUUCCUUAGUCGCACCCUACAGGUGCUGCUGCCGUACCUCGCUGCCAAGGCCAGCCCGACGGCCUCCGCGCUCAUCCGCACCAUCGCCAAGCAGCUCGGCGCCAACCGCAGAGAGAUCCUCAUCAACAACUUCAAGUAUAUAUUUUCACACCUGGUCUGCUCCUGCACCAAAGACGAGCUGGAGAGAGCUUUCCAUUACCUGAAGAGCGAGACUGAGAUCGAGCUGGGUAGCUUGCUGAGGCAAGACUUUCAGGGCCUGCACAAUGAGCUGCUGCUCCGCCUCGGAGAGCACUACCAGCAGGUCUUCAACGGCCUCGCUAUACUCGCUUCUUUCGCUUCCAGCGAUGACCCCUAUCGGGGGCCCUGUGACAUCACCACACCUGAGCUCAUGGCUGAUUACCUGCAGCCCAAGCUGCUAGGUAUCCUGGCCUUCUUCAACAUGCAGCUGCUCAGCUCCAGUGUGGGCGAGAAGGACAAGAAGAAGAUGGCUCUGGAGAGCCUGGUUGCACUGAUGAAGCUGAUGGGACCCAAACACAUCAGCUCAGUCAGGGUGAAGAUGAUGACCACGCUCCGGACCGGUCUCAGAUACACGGACGACUUCCCGGAGCUCUGUUGCCAGACGUGGGACUGCUUUGUACGCUGCCUUGACCCAGCCUAUCUGGGGCCUCUCCUCAGUCACGUUAUCGUGGCCCUUCUGCCCCUCAUCCCCAUUCAGCCCAAGGAGACUGCUGUCAUCAUGCGGUACCUCAUAGUGGAGAACAGAGAUGAAGUUAAAGAUUUCCUGCAUGAGAUCUACUUCCUACCUGAGCAUCCAGAACUGAAGGAAAUCCACAAAGUGCUACAGGAUUAUAGGAAGCAAUCCUCCAAAAGCACGGAUCUGCAGAUGGAGCUGCAGCUGUCCAUGAGGGCCAUCCAGCAUGAGAAUGUGGACGUGCGCAUCCACGCCCUCACCAGCCUGAAGAUGAUGAUGUACAAGAACCAGGACAAGCUGCUGAAGUACGUGAUGGACAGCGAGACCGUGGAACCGGUGAUAUCCCAGCUGGUCACAGCACUGCUGAAGGGAUGCCAGGAUGCCAACCCUGAGGCCAGGCUGCUGUGUGGGGAGUGCCUGGGGGAGCUGGGGGCCAUCGACCCAGGCCGGCUGGACCUCUCCGCCCCACACAUCCAUGGCAAGCGCUCCACCUUUGUGAGUGGGGUGGGAGAUGCCAACUUCGGCUAUGAUCUGCUGACUCUGCUGACCAGGACGUUUCUGGCCUACGCUGACAACGUGAGGGCGCAGGACUCUGCAGCGUACGCCAUGCAGGAGCUCCUCUCCAUAUUUGAGUGCCGUGAAGGCCGUACGGACUCCCCAGGUCGACGCCUCUGGCGACGCUUUCCUGAGCACGUACAGGAGAUCCUGGAGCCACACCUCAACAGCAGGUACAAAAGUUCGCAGAAGGUCCAGAACUGGUCCAAGCUAAAGAAGCCAAUCUACCUCAGUAGCUGCGGGAGCAAUUUCUCGGAUUGGUCAGCGACGUGGGCAGGCUACCUGAUAAGUAAAGUUCGGCAUGAUCUUGCCAGCAAAGUCUUCAAUUGCUGCAGUUUCAUUAUAAAACACGACUACAAAGUGACCAUAUAUCUUCUGCCUCACAUCCUGGUCUAUGUGCUUCUGGGGCGCAAUCAAGAAGAGCAGAAGGAGGUGAGCGAGGAGAUGAUGGCCGUAUUGAAGGAGGAUGACUCGUGCACGGCCCGCAUGCAGGAGAAUGUGUCCGGACUGAGUCAGCUGAGCACCCAGACUGUCUUCUCCAUGGUGGACCACCUUACUCAAUGGUCCCGCCAUAAGCUGCAGACACUGAGUGCUGCCAAGCAUGAACCACGCUCUGCAGGCAACGGGGAGAACAGCGAGUACCAGAGCGUCGUCUCCUUCCUGAACCGCAUCCCGCAGGAUGUCCUGGCCAAAGCCUCCUACCGUUCCAAAGUCUACACCCGUGCCAUAAUGCAUUUCGAGUCCUUCACCAUCGAGAAGAAGCAGAACAUUCAGGACCACCUCACCUUCCUGCAGACGCUGUACGCCGCCUUGCACGAGCCGGACGGCGUGCGCGGGGUCAACGCCCUGCGGAAGGAGGCGCCCUCGCUGCGCGAGCAGAUCCUGGAGCACGAGAGCAUCGGCCUCCUGCGAGACGCCACCGCCUGCUAUGACCGGGCCAUCCAGCUGGAGUCUGACCAGAUAGCUCAUUAUCACGGAGUAAUUAAGUCUAUGCUAGGACUUGGACAACUUUCGACAGUGAUCACCCAAGUCAACGGAGUACUUGCUAACAGACCGCAGUGGAAGUCGGAACUGAACACCUAUCGGGUUGAGGCCGCCUGGAAGUUAACGCGGUGGGACCUGGUGGACGAUUACCUGGCAUCAGACCGGAAAUCGAGCACCUGGAGCGUAAGGCUGGGCCAGAUGCUGCUGGCGGCCAAGAAGCAGGACAGCGAGAUGUUUUAUGAGAAGCUGAAACUCGCCCGGAAGGAGCAGGUGGUCCCACUGUCUGCCGCCAGCUUCGAAUGGGGGACGUAUCAGAGAGGAUAUGAGUAUAUUCUCAGGUUGCACAUGCUAUGCGAGAUGGAGCAUGCAUUUACUGAGCUGCAGAGGCAGUGGCAGCAGGACGCAGGUGCCAAGGGCUCUGAGCCCAUGCUCAACUGGCAGGCCCGCCUGGAAAUGAUCCAGAACUCCUUCCGGGUCAAGGAGCCCAUCCUGGCUCUGCGCCGUGCCAUCCUUGGCCUCAGCAAGCGGUCGGAAAGCGAGGAGUUGGUGGGUCAGUGCUGGCUGCAGAGUGCCAGGGUGGCCCGGCAGGCGGGCCACCAUCAGACGGCUUACAACGCCCUCCUCAACGGCGAGAACUCGCGGCUCUCGGAGCUCUUCGUGGAGAAGGCCAAGUGGCUGUGGUCCAAGGGUGACGUCCACCAGGCCCUGAUCGUCCUGCAGAAGGGGGUCGGGCAGUGUUUCUCUGAGGAGCAGCCGCUCGCGGACCGCAAGAGCAUUGAAAUCAAGGGCAAGGCCAUGCUACUGGUGGGCCGACUGAUGGAGGAGACGGCCAACUUCGAGAGCAACGCCAUAAUGAAGGCCUACAAGGAUGUCACCACCCUGCUGCCUGAAUGGGAGGAUGGGAAUUUCUACCUGGCCCAAUACUACGAUAAGGUGAUGCCCAAGGUCACGGACAACAAGCUGGAGAAGCAAGGCAACCUCAUCCGCUACAUCGUCACCUAUUUCGGGAAGGCUCUCCAGUUUGGGAACCAGUACAUCUACCAAGCCAUGCCCCGAAUGCUCACGCUCUGGCUGGACUUUGGAGCCAAGGUUUUUGAGUGGGAAAAAGCGGGGCGCGCGGACCGGCUCCAGAUGCGCAGCGAGCUGGCCAAGAUCAACGCGGUCGUCAGCGAGCACACCAACAACUUGUCAGCAUACCAGUUCCUCACGGCCUUCUCCCAACUCAUCUCCCGCAUCUGCCACUCCAACGACGAGGUCUUUGCCGUGUUGCUCCAGAUUAUUGCCAAAGUCUUCCUGGCGUACCCCCAGCAGGCCAUGUGGAUGAUGACAGCUGUGUCCAAGUCCUCCUACACCGUGCGUGCCAACAGAUGCAAAGAGAUCUUGAGGAAGGCGAUAAGCUUGCAGGAUUCGCUUGCGAAGUUCAUCAGCGACACCACCCGGUUGACCGACAACUUGCUGGAGCUCUGCAACAGACCGGUGGAUGGGAGCAGCACCACCCUCAGCAUGAGUGUCCAUUUCAAGCUUCUGAAGCGCCUAAUUCAAGAACCCACCUUCAGCCAGGUCCUCAUCCCCAGGCAGUCAGUGCUCAUCCCCACACUGCCCUCUACAGGCGGGGCUAAUCCUGCCCACGACGCCUUCCCCGGGCCCUGGGUCUACCUGGCUGGCUUCGAUGACAACAUCGAGAUCCUGGCCUCCCUCCAGAAGCCCAAGAAGAUCUCGCUGAAGGGCUCAGACGGCAAGUCCUACACCAUGAUGUGCAAGCCCAAAGACGACCUGAGGAAGGACUGCCGGCUUAUGGAGUUCAACAGCCUCAUCAACAAGUGCCUCCGGAAGGACGCCGAGUCCAGGCGGCGGGAGCUACACAUCCGGACGUACGCGGUUAUUCCGCUCAACGAGGAGUGUGGCAUCAUCGAGUGGGUGGACAACACGGCUGGCCUGCGUCACAUCCUCACCAAGCUCUACAAGGAGAAGGGAAUACACAUGACUGGCAAAGAGCUCCGUAAGUGUAUGCUGCCCAAGUCGGCCUCCUUCCGGGACAAGCUGACCCUCUACAAGGAGGUGCUCUGCGCCCGGCACCCACCCAUCUUCCACGAGUGGUUCCUCCGCAUGUUCCCCGAUCCUACCUCAUGGUACAGCAGCCGCUCCGCCUACUGCCGCUCCACGGCCGUGAUGUCCAUGGUGGGCUAUAUCCUGGGUUUGGGCGACCGGCAUGGCGAGAACAUCCUCUUCGACUCACUAACGGGGGAGUGCGUCCACGUGGACUUCAACUGCCUGUUUAACAAGGGUGAGACCUUUGACGUCCCGGAAGUGGUGCCAUUCCGGCUCACCCAGAACAUGGUGCAUGCCAUGGGACCCAUGGGCACCGAGGGCCUCUUCAGGCAGGCCUGCGAGGUCACACUGCGGCUGAUGAGGGACCAGAGGGAGCCCCUCAUGAGCGUCUUGAAGACGUUCCUUCAUGACCCCCUGGUGGAGUGGAGUAAGUCAGCUAAAGAGUCCUCUAAGAUACAGGCCAACGAAUCUGGAGAGAUCCUCAACGAGAAGGCAAAAACUCACGUCCUGGACAUCGAGCAGCGCCUGCAGGGAGUUAUCAAGAACAGGAACAAGGUGAUGGGUUUGCCCCUGUCUAUCGAAGGCCAUGUUCACUACCUGAUCCACGAGGCCACUGACGACAACUUCCUGUGUCAGAUGUACCUGGGCUGGGGGUCCUACCUGUGACUGCUGGGUCCCACGGACCCCUGAGUCACAUCCUUCCCUGGACUAUUGAUGAAGUUGCUGUUUCUCUCACUUGUUGCACUUUUGUCUUCCAUUUUUACAUGGUUAAAAAAAAUUAUAAUAAAAUUCAAAGCUGUAUCAGUGCCUUCUUGCUGUUCAAUAAAAUGUGCUUCUUUCAUAA